UUUGAAUGAAGUUUAAGAUGAUAAAAUCACUUGAUAUUUGAAUAAAAUAAUCAAAACAUUUAACAAAACAAUAAACCAAUAAUUUGAGUGAUUAAGAAGCUUGGAUUUAACCAGGACUUGUUUUGAAAUUUGAAUAUCGAUAUCCUAACUUAAAUCUAUUAUCGAUAUCACUGAUAUGACAGAAUCUAGCGUUAAACUUUACUUCAAACUUGACAUUUAAUUUCUAUUAUGAUUCCCCAUUAUGAAUCAUCGUUACCGGUCAAAUUUAAUUGAAAAAAAUGUAAAAUAUAUGAACAAUAUAUUGAAUCUUUAGUCGAUACUUUACAAGAUACUGUUCACAUUUACCGGAUUAAACUGUUUCCAUAGCGAUAACUGAUAAUACAUCAAAACAAACAUUGAGUUCCAAGAUAAUCAACUUUCAUCAUAACUCAUUUCAACAUUGCUUCAAAUAAUGUUUAAAAAUACGUUUCAAAGUGGCUUUCUCUCAAUUUUAUAUUCCAUUGGAUCUAAUCCUCUUCAAAUUUGGGACAAAAAAGUAAAAAAUGGAACCAUCAAGCGUAUUAUGGACAAUGAUAUCCAAUCGAGUGUCAUUGAAGUUACUGGAAGCAACAUAUCAACCGCAUUCAUCACCUGUCCAAAUAUUCCUAGACAGUCGCUUGGUAUCAAGCUUCCUUACCUUGUUAUAAUUGUGAAAAAUAUGAAGAAGUUUUUCUCAUUUGAAGUGGAAAUUAUGGAUGACAAACAAGUUAAACGUCGAUUUCGUGCAUCCAACUUUCAAACCGUAACCCGAGUUCGUGACUUUAUAUGUACAAUGCCGUUGCGUUUAGAUGAGGGUUGGAAUCAAAUAGGCUUUAACCUGACUGAUUUUACUAAAAGAGCCUAUGGAACAAACUAUGUUGAAACCGUUCGAGUUACAAUUAAUGCUAAUUGUAGACUCAGAAGGAUUUAUUUCUCUGACAGACUGUAUUCGGAAGAUGAACUUCCCCCCGAGUUUAAGCUCUACCUUCCGAUAUCAGCUAAAAAUUGAGAAAGGGCAUAUUUACAUGAAGAAAUCAUUUUAAUGUUUCAUGUAUACAAAGUUGAUGAAUGAAAUUAACAUUUGCCACCACCUGAAUCCUCAUCAUUGGCUCUCGCUGCCUGUUACCGGUUUGUUUAAAUUCCACUCUUUGAUUUAUUCUAUGUAUUGUAUUCAUUUUGUAUAUUUUCUGUUCACAUUGAUUUCUUUGUAACCAUUUCAUUAUUAGAGUUUUCAUUUUUCCUUUUCUCCUGUUAGAAAUUGAAAAAACAAAUAGAAAAUAAAAUCUCAAUAUUAAUCUAAUCUA